AUGGAAAGAUACACCUGCUUCGACGCAGACUCUCUGCGAUCAUACAGCUCUACCGUCGCAUUGGAUGAGUAUCCCCCGUCAAAUCCUCCCGAAGAGCUCAUUACAUCCUUUCCACGUCCCCCAAGUGGCGCGCGCAACCUCGAUAACGUAGCAGCUAAUAGCCCACGAGCUUCCAUCAAAACACUGCGCAGAAAUUAUAUGGUCCAUGAACUACCACUCCUGCAAGAACCAAAUCCUUGGGAUGGGUCGGACCAAUUCCAUCCCGUCCAAGAAGCUGGCUGCUCAUAUGACCUGAUCGUCCCUUUUGACGACUCCUGCGAGACACCUCUGCACAGUUUGGAGCGUCUCGCAGAUAUCAUGUUCUCUCCGGAGCACAUGUUAUCCAUCCUGAACAACCCCCGAUAUCUGGCGCGCUUUCGCGAGUUCCUGCUUGAAGAGCGCCCGCGGUCGCUUGAGUUACUGACAUACUACUUGAAUACACGUAAGGCGCUAAAGGCACUCGAGUACGUCAACGCUCUGGUCAGAUGUGCCGUCGACUUACCUCCAUCAGCGAUCACGGUCACGGAACAGGUCGGAGAAAGCUGCAAUCCCGCCUUGCAGCGUCGUGUCCACGAAGCGCUCCAAGCACUCACAGAUGAAGAGCUUCCUGCUUUCAUCACCUCGCGCUGCAUUGGGAUUACGAGUAGGGUUGUUGAGGAGCGCGUCCGAGGAACCCUCCCGCGCAAAUUUCAGGGGACUUCCGAUGCGCUGGCUGAGGUCUUCUGCCUGACCGAUCCGUCAAGACGGGAUAAUCCUAUUAUUUUUGCUUCGGAAGGUAUGUUCCUGAUCGAGGUGGUUCGCUGA